GCACUUGCAUCAGAGAUGGGCGGAGCCACCUUGUCAGUUUUCUCGAACAAACGGCGGAAGCGGCGCGGUGUUACGGAACAGCUUCACUCAUCAAACAGUUGGAACAGAACAAGAACCAUGAAAAUCUGGACGUCAGAACACGUUUUCAAUCAUCCAUGGGAGACCGUGACCAAAGCUGCUAUGCAGAAGUACCCAAACCCCAUGAACCCUAGUGUGUUUGGAGUUGAUGUGUUGGACCGUAACAUUGACCAGCAAGGACGCCUGCACAGCAAGAGACUGCUCAGCACAGAAUGGGGCCUGCCCUCUUUAGCUAGAUCGAUAAUUGGUAAUGCACGAACAUGUACAUACAUCAAAGAGCACUCUGUAGUCGACCCCGAAGAGAAAACCUUUGAACUUAAGUCAACCAAUAUCACCUUCACUAACAUGGUGUCUGUGGAUGAAAAGCUCACCUACAGACCGCACCCAGAGGACCCAGAAAAGACGAUGCUUACGCAGGAGGCCAUCAUAUCUGUUAAGGGUGUCAGUCUCAGCAGCUAUCUUGAGGGACUCAUGGAAUCUACUAUUUCAACCAAUGCAGGAAAGGGUCGGGAGGCAAUGGAAUGGGUGAUCAGACGGUUGAACACAGAAAUCGAGGAGUUUGCCAUCACGGCGAGAGGAACCAUUCGCACACCAAUGGCCGCCGCGGUCGCAGAGAAAUGAACGUUCGUGUGUCACCACGCGGCUCCCUGUCUUCUCAAUGUCUUUUUUCCGAUCACGGAAGUUCAAGCUGUCUACCCCCUCACAUUCAAGCAUCUAUAUUAGAGGCUAAUGGGGGAAAAGAAGCAAAAAAGAAAGAGGGACCUGGGUUAUCACAUCGACCCUUAACGACUCUGCACUUAUUGUGCUGUCCACGCACAAGAAGAAGAACAUGACGGAGAACCGCAGAACGUUCAUUAGGUGUGAUGAUAAACUCUCAAACAUUUAGUUUUAAUAAAUUACUUCUCCGGAACAGUUUCACGGCUCGACACCAUCAGGGUUAUAUCAGUGUGGUUUGAUGAACUGCAUACAAUGAGUGAAUGGAAGAGAAGACCUGGUUAGAAGUGUUAAAAAGAUUUGCACAGGCUGUAAUGGAUGCCGUGUGACUGACCGGACCUGUUUGCCAAACACCACCAAGUGUAGCUGUUACAUGCAACUAUUAUCAUCAGCAGGCGGAGCGAUCGGCACUUGUACACUUGAAAUUGCUAUGAAUAUUAUUAUAAUAUUUAUUUUUAUUAUUAUUAUACUAGUAUCACUUAAACAGCAGGAAGGGAACAAACUAAUCCAGACUAGUAGUUUUAAUCUGAAAGAUUUUUGAGGACCAUGUCAGCAGUAUCUCAGAUCUGAAGUGUGUGUUUAUCCGUGUGAGAUGUGUUUGUGCUAUUGAGUUCAGAGAAGGUUGAAAUGUAACCGCUGAUAGUGAGGCGGCUUCGAUCUCUGUUGGAAUCUUUAAAAACAUGGGAUGGGUAGCUGUACUUCCUUAGAGAAUAAAUUAUCCACAAAUAAAGUACUGAAUUUGAUCGGGUAGCUAACAUACAGAACUAUGUCAAGCUCUUGUUGCGCCGCACGUUUCAAGAGAUUCGUAAGGGUUUCGUCGUUGGUUAAGAAUUUCUACAAAACCGUUCCAUACAUUUCAAAAGUGAUCAAUAGAUUAAAAGAGACCAGGUGGCAUACAGGGCAUUCUUUACUCUUAUUUGCCAAAUAUGUACAGGUUGACUGUGGGAAACAUGUGCAGGCAUUUACUGCAGACGUGUUUUAUUUGGGUUGAUAAAUACAGUCUAUUUAUUUAUUUAUUUUUGUGGGUUCAUGUUGUCUUUGCCUUGGUGACAUGAAGCCACAAAUUACAACUUCAGCAUUUUUAAUGUCUGUGAUGCGAAGUAGCCAAUAUGCAAAUUAAAAUAAAAUGCAGACCAUCUUUAGAACUGUGGAUGUGCUUACGUUUAGAAGAUGUAUUUAGUAAAUGUGAAAGAUUGUCUAAACUGUAUGAUAAACAUAAAUAUGUUACAGUAUGGAUGUUUUUCUGCAACACUGAUACUUGUACAUUUCUUUUCUUCUCGGUUGUAUUAAAGAGCCACUGGCUGUUUGUUGUUUACUUCUGAGUUAACAUGGAUUAUUAAAAUAAUAAAACGGCAUGAUUGCUUUUAAAACAUA